UGCUAAACCUAUGGCUGUUACCUUCGGCCUGGAUAGUGUUUUAAAAAAAAGUCAGAUAUAAUAGAAAUACGUUAGCUUCGUCUCAUGCACCUCAAAUGCAAGUUGGGGCUUUAUUUGCGCUUCCUCUGAAGGUGGGACAGUACUGGGAUUUUUCACAGUAACCAUUCGUGUUGUAUUCAUACAAAUGUAGCGACUACAUGAAUAAAGUACUCAAAGACUGAAAAAGGCCACUAAAUGUGUGAAACAUAAUUAUUUGCACUGAAGGAGCGUGUCCGACAGAGUUUAAGUGGUUAAUGUGGGCUAAUUUACCUGGGGCUGAAUUCACGCUGUGCAACAGUGCGGAAAAAAAAUGCGUAACUGCUCUGAGGUCUGUUAUCUGUCGUUUGGGUGGGUGUGUCAAGACUGCUGCCCAAUGAGGAGCUACCAGGAUGGACAGGAUUAGGAAUGAGUAUGACAGAGGGACGGGGACAGCUCAGGUUGAGCGGCUUGAAGCCAAAGUUAGAGAGGCAACGUUCAGAUGGUUUGAACAUGUGCUGAGGAGGGAUCGUGGAAAUGCUGGACAAAGGAUGAUGAAGAUGGAGCUGCCAGGCAGGAGGGAAAGAAGAAGACUGCAGAGAGGAUUUAUAGUGAGCCGGCAGCCCUGUGAGGAAGGCCCGCUGCUGGAGGAGCAGGAGACGGAGGGCCAGCGGCAGCUGCACAGCCUUUUGCUGCAGCAGCUCCACACCGACGUCGACAUCGAACGAUGUGUAGCCAAGAGGCAGUGCUUCGCCCCAGCGGCGCUCUAUCGGCCGUUUGGGGAGCAGGCAGCGGGAGUGAAGAGCCUCUCCCAGUUCCAGGCCCUGCAGGACGGGGAGAAGGAGCUGGCCAGCCUGCGGGAGCUGGGCCUCACUGAUGCCGAGAUCCAGCUGUGGCAGAGGAGAGAUGCACCGGAGACAGCAGAGAAGUCAAACAACCUCACAGUACAGUCGCUUCAACACGAUCAUUCCCAUGGUGUGUGCGCAGCUCCGGGGGCAAGGCAGCAGCGCCUGCAGGCAAUUAAGGACAAAAUUGCCGCCCGGGUGGAGCUUCUGUCCCGGCCACAGCGGUUCGCGUCCAGCCGCCCACUGUCACGCCGGGAGAUGGAGAUCGAGCAAGCGCUGUUUCAGGGCAACGACCGCCGGGGUUUUCUCACAGCGCUCUAUCAUCGAGGUGAAGAAAAUGAGGAGAGCCAGCAGGGGGUGCCGUCCUCUGACCCACUGGACUCACUCUAUAGAGAUGUUCUCAGCCAGGAGGGGAAACAAGCUUCGCUGCACAAAUCUGAGGGAGAAUCAGCAGGAACGCUGCACACAGCCGAAUCUGACCAAUCACAGAACUCACAGACAGACAGAAAUCAAUCAAGAGGCGCUUCCGACCAUCAGUCAGACCUGCAGGGUAGAAGCAGUUGCUUGUUCGUCCAGUCACAGCCAGGUUCAGACACCUCGGAUCAGCAGCACGUUCAGAACAGACCAGAGCAACUGCGAGUGGCUCCUCAGAGACAGAUUAAUAUAAGCCAGCCAAUCAGCAGCCUGUGCGGCGCGGCAAAGGCAAGGCCGAGCGGACCGUUGACCGUGACGGGGCAGAUUGAGACAAUUACAGACGAAGAAAUCUUGAAGAAUCGAGAAUCGGAGGAAGGGAUCCGGAGCAUCCCAAGGUUCCGAAACUACCAGCCGGGGAAACCCUCCAAGGUUCUGUGUGUGAAGAACUUGAGCGCACAGGCGUCAGUGGCCCAGCUGGUGGCGCUCUUCUCCAGAUUUGAGACGAAGGACGGGCCCCCGGUACUUUACCGGCUGCUGACCGGAAGGAUGAAGGGUCAGGCUUUCAUCACUCUGCCAGAUGCUGAAACUGCCCAGAAUGCCUUGCAGUUGGUCCACAGAUACCGGUUGCUCGGGAAACCUUUGGUGGUCGAGUUUGGCCGUGAACGACAGGAAGAGGAGAAACAGAAGGAGAAGGAAGAGUGGGAGGAGGAGAAAUAAAAAACACAAGAAAAAUGGUUUAUUUGUGAAAAUAAGACAUUUGCAGACUGAAAUGAACGUCACAGUGUAUUUUUUUUUUUUUUUGUGCAUAUAAAGUUGCCUUCAUUGCCAUAUUAAUGUCUGCUCUGCCUGUGUGUUGAGGUUUCUGCAGGACAGCCAAAGGAAAUCUGUUUCUUUUGAUAAUCAAACUUUUGUCAGCGGGUAUUUAAAUAAAGCAGAAUCCUAAAUAAGUCAAGCACAAGAGUCCAGUAACACAAAUCCAUUAUUAAAGUGCUCAGAUUUACAUGUUCAGACACAAUCCACAGUUUUCAGCUGAUACACGAUUACAAUGAGGGCUUGUCUGAAGGGUUUGUUGGCGGUUUAGGUGCAAAUUCACUGUUAUUCUAUUUUUGGACGCUAGAUGGAGCCAUUCAGCCAUUAAAGUUAAGGUGGGGAGGAAGUAACAGGUUAUUACAGUUAACCCAAAGGAGAAACUCAAAACUGAAAUUAAGAACGGAAAAAACAAACGUUUUUCUCAACUUAGAUAAAAAUAAAAACUAGACUUUAGAAAAAAGUUUUACAAAACUAACUAAAAAGAAAAGAACAUGCAGGAAACUCCAGUUUUAAAAGCAAAACAUAAUGUUGUCAUUUUUUAUAUCCUCACUCUGAUCUUGUUAAUGUGCAGCAGCUCCAUCUUCACUGUGACUGUUAAGCAAAAAAAAGCUUGCAGUCACUCGAAUAUUGCGAAAAGUUUCACUUUUUAAGACCAAAUUAUUGUAUGUUCUAAUAGUUUUAUUAUAGGCUGGGAAUUUAUUACUGCAGAAAAUUAAAUUUAUGACCCUCGAGCUUAAUUAUGUUUUAAUUUCAUAUAAAUAAAAAUAUAAACAGCAGGAAGGAAUAGCAGGUUAUGUGGCAAGUGACCUGAUAUUAAAAUGAGCAGAGCGCAGUUGUUAUGCAGACAAUUUAUGUCAAUAUACAAAUCAAAGAUUGCUUUUUGGCAGCUAAUUCAACCUGAUCGAUCCUUUCUUCCUUUUUAGUAAACUGAUACCUGUGCCAACACAUACACAUACAACACACACGAAUAUGUUCUUUUUUAUGCUGAAUUGGUCCUUCAGUUGGUAUUUUGAAUGUUUAUUUGGUUAUUGUAGGAUGCUGUUGCCUAAUUCCUUUGUUCUCGGGUCAUAAAAUCUCUGCAUGAGAUUCAAUGAGCCACCGCAGCACUUAAUUACUUUCUCAAAGUAAGUUAGUCCAGGUCGAUGCUGAUCCAUAGCAGGUUGGUUGGUUUAAAAAUUUUACCCUUUCCUCUGUGGACAUGUGUGUAAUCUACAGUAUUGUGUUGACUGUUCUUAGAAUGGAUUAUUAUUGAACCUUUUUUUACUGCAGGUACUGAUAACAGUGACAGAGACCGUCCUCAUUCAUGAGGUGGUUACAUUCCCAUAAAGAAACUGGAAAUGUUCACGUGGCUCUGCAACAAAGAGGUGCUCAGGAGCAUUUUAUGUGUGUUUGUAUUUCUCACAGCCUCAGCGUGCGUGCACACUGUCUACUUAUCAACAGUGCUCUGGGUCAGGGGGUUGCGGUCUGCAGGAUUUUAGGAAUGUCCUCUGGCACCCCCACUGCCCCACAUCCCCCAAAGAUGGGCUUGUCUAUUGAGAGCAGAGCUAAGAGGCUCUCCUUUGCAUUGCAUUUUUAUACUGUAUAUGCACCUGGACCAAUCUGUAAUUCACAUUCAGUUUCACAAUGAUGUGUCGUCACUGCACUGUAAAGUGCUUAGACUUGUAAUAAUGUAUAUAGGCUUUUUAAUAAUUCAUUUGUACACCAUGUUUUUAUACAAAAAACUGCAAUAAUGUAUAUAGCUUUAAGAAUCCUUCAGCAGCUUCAGACAAUAAA